GGUAUAUUUUGAAUAUGAGACGGUAUAUUUCAGACGGUCGGACGGUAUAUUUGAUCAUUUAUCGACCAAAGUCACUCUGUCGAGCUGUCAACGCAGUUUCCGCUUUCUUUCCGUGCGGUUCUUAAACAUGACUGGUUUAACGAAUAGGACCGUUGUUAUUGAUGGUCGCGGCCAUUUGCUUGGCCGUCUGGCUUCCGUCGUCGCCAAGUACCUGUUGCAGGGCGGCAAGGUGGCCGUCGUUCGCUGCGAGGAGCUGAACCUCUCCGGCCACUUCUACAGAAACAAAAUCAAGUUCUUGGCCUACUUGCGCAAGCGUUGCAACGUCAACCCAGCUCGUGGUCCCUUCCACUUCCGUGCCCCGUCCAGGAUCUUCUACAAGGCGGUCAGAGGUAUGAUCCCACACAAGACUAAGCGUGGCCAGGCUGCACUCGCUCGUCUGCGUGUGUUCGAUGGCAUCCCAUCGCCCUACGACAAGCGUCGCCGCGUCGUUGUCCCCAUCGCUAUGCGUGUGUUGACACUGCGCUCCGACCGCAAGUACUGCCAGGUCGGCCGUCUGUCGCACGAGGUUGGCUGGCACUACCAGGAUGUGAUCAAGAGCCUGGAGCGUAAGCGCAAGGCCAAGUUGCGUGUCACCCUCAAGCACAACCGCGAGCUGAAGAAGCUGACUGUUCAGGCACGUGAAAACAUUGCCAAGGCGGCUGAGCCCUUCAACAAAAUCAUCAAAUCCUAUGGCUACGAGGUUUAAGGACAACAAAAACACCGGCAGAUGCGUAGCAGUUUUUUAAAGGGAAUAAAACAACAUCUAAGUUUAAAAAACAA